UUAGAGUACAACAGAAGCUAGGCUGAGAACGAAAAGAGAGAGAGAGAGAGCAAGCCAAGAAACAAAGAAAGAGAGCGUUCCUCUGCUAGGCUUUGUCCUUUCUGCCGCUGUCAAUGGGUCCGAAGAAGAGUCCGGGUCCGAAGAAGAGUCCGGCGGCCGUCGGAGAUAAGCGGGUGACACGCAGCGCCUCGGUGACUCCGGCAAGGGCGACCCGUAGCAAGAAUGUGAAGCUAACCCCUGCCCUCGGCAACGAGGCUUCGCCUAAGAAGAAGAAGGCGAGAACUCCGACUCCGAAGAAGGAGCAGGAAGUGAAGCCUGAGGAGGAAGUGCCAGAACCGCCUGCAGUCCCGGAGCAAGCGGAGGAGAAGCCGGCGGAUGACGGUGGCGCUGGGGGAUCUCAGCAGCAAGCGGGAGGUUCUGAAGAAGUUGCUAAGCCGGAGGACGACGCCGAGAAGAGAAAGAAUGACAAGGGGAAGGCGGUUGCGGAGGACAACAGCGACGGAGGAGAAGCUGAGGAUGACGGUGGCGAGGCCGAGAAAGAUGGAGCGGGAGAGGAAGCGCCUGAGCAGGACGACGAUGGCGGUGCCGCAGGGAAGACUCUGAUCAUCGAACACUGCAAACAGUGCAAAUCAUUCAAGGAGAGUGCUGAUCAGGUGAAAGCUGGCUUGGAGGCAGCUGUACCUGGGAUUACUGUGCUGCUCAAUCCUUACAAGGCGGGUAGGAAGGGUUGCUUUGAGGUGCGCGAGGAAGGAGGGGAAGUCUUCAUCAGUCUUCUGGGUAUGAAGCGCCCAUUCACUCAAAUGAAAGAGCUUAACCUGGAUCAAGUCGUGGCAGACAUCGUUAGCAAGCUCAAUUGACAGCAAAAUACAGUGGAGUAGGUUGGUUUGCUGCUCGGGCGGGUAUCAAUUUUGGGGAGAGCAGUGGAAUGGGUUUUUAACAUAGUUUGGUCCUUGAGAGAGACAUUUUUUCAGUACCUAGUACUACAUAUGACUACAUUGCUUUAGAUUGGUUGCUCUGAAACUUCAUCUUGCGGCUGGGUUUUAGAAGUUCAGGGCCGGAGCCUUAACCACAGGCACAGCUCAUUUCGGACGAAUUCGUCGUCAGAGGGGUCAUUCUGUCGUUGUUCUAUAUUCUGAUUGCUGGUUGGGCAGAGAUCAAACGUUUAUGUAGUUGCAACUCUGCUACAUAGUUCCUCUCUGCCCUAACCUUGACCUGCUGUCAACUUUAAUGAAAACUUGAAUUCCUUCAUUGUCCCCAUAAUC